AAAUCAGCUGAUCGUUUGACUGGGGGCGGGUUCAAAUAUGAGUGGAAGCCAUCUUGAACGGCUGCCUGACAAGAGUCUUUCGUAGUCAGCUAAAAUUGAAUACAGUUUUCGAAUACCACGCAGGGAAUCUGUUAGCGCGUUUAUUGAAGGUUGGGGGAAAAAACAGGAGAGAGGACGCGGCGGUCCAGUGAGGCUAAUUAGCAUGGCUAGCUGAACAAGCGGCCCAAUUUCGGAUGAAAGCGAAUUCUUCCUGGUCUUGACUUUCCUGAUAACCGUGAACGAUUCCAUCUGAGCUCAAGGAAUCUAUACACACACACACAUAUAUAUAUGAGUUUUGUUAAGAACUGGGGGCUUCGAAUUGGAUUCUUGAUUCUCAAUGACGGAGAAGCUUUUGUCUUGAAGAUCCUGCUGAGAUCGAAUUUUGGCACUUACUAUAGUGAUAAUUUAAGUUUUGAGAGAGAAGGACAAUCUCUUGAGUUUGUUUGUGGCCCAGCUAACUGGACUGACGCCAUUCAGAGACUGCAAAAAAGUUUCCUGCAUUGGAAUAGAAACUGAAAGGAAAAGAUGAGUACGGCCAGGACAGAGAACCCAGUGAUCUUGGGGUUGUCUAAUCAGAAUGGACAGUUGAGGGGCUCGGUGAAGCCUGCUGGAGCACCAGGUGGAGGUGGAGGAGGCCCCCAGCAGCAGCAGCUCAACCAAAUAAAAGGCACAAUCAACAAUGGUAAUCCCCAGCAAGCCCCAACAACUAAUGCUGUUAUCAAGCCUGGAGAUGACUGGAAGAAAAGUCUGAAAUUGCCCCCAAAGGACAUGAGAAUGAAAACUUCGGACGUGACUGCAACAAAAGGCAAUGAGUUUGAAGAUUAUUGCCUGAAGAGAGAGCUGCUCAUGGGAAUCUUUGAGAUGGGCUGGGAAAAACCAUCUCCAAUCCAGGAGGAGAGUAUUCCUAUUGCACUGUCAGGAAGGGAUAUUUUGGCCAGAGCAAAGAAUGGCACAGGGAAGAGUGGAGCCUACCUCAUUCCCUUACUUGAACGCAUUGAUCUAAAGAGGGAUUGCAUACAAGCUGUGGUCAUAGUACCCACCAGAGAACUGGCUCUGCAAGUCAGCCAAAUAUGUAUCCAGGUUAGCAAACACAUGGGUGGAGUGAAGGUGAUGGCUACAACAGGUGGAACCAACCUACGUGAUGAUAUCAUGAGACUGGAUGAAACGGUACAUGUGAUCAUUGCGACUCCAGGGAGGAUUUUAGACCUCAUCAAGAAAGGAGUCGCCAAAGUCAAUCAAGUACAGAUGUUUGUUCUUGAUGAAGCUGACAAACUGCUGUCUCAGGACUUUGUUGUCAUGAUGGAAGAGCUGUUGGGUUUCCUGUCCAAACAGAGACAAAUUCUGCUUUAUUCUGCCACCUUCCCUCUCAGUGUGCAGAAGUUUAUGAAUUCCCACUUGCAGAAACCAUAUGAAAUCAACCUUAUGGAGGAACUCACACUGAAGGGUGUGACUCAGUAUUACGCCUAUGUAUCUGAAAGGCAAAAAGUCCAUUGCCUCAACACCUUAUUCUCCAGGCUUCAAAUCAACCAGUCUAUAAUCUUCUGCAACUCGUCUCAGAGAGUGGAGCUCCUUGCCAAGAAGAUAUCACAGCUGGGAUAUUCAUGUUUCUACAUUCAUGCCAAGAUGAGACAGGAGCAUCGCAACCGUGUGUUCCACGACUUCAGAAAUGGCCUGUGUCGGAACCUUGUCUGCACUGAUCUAUUCACAAGAGGAAUUGACAUUCAAGCUGUCAAUGUUGUCAUCAAUUUUGAUUUUCCCAAACUUGGAGAGACAUACCUUCAUCGCAUUGGUAGAUCAGGCCGCUUUGGACACUUGGGUCUUGCCAUCAACCUCAUCACUUACGAUGACCGCUUCAAUCUGAAAGGGAUUGAGGAGCAGCUUGGUACAGAGAUUAAGCCCAUUCCUGGGAUCAUAGACAAAAGCUUAUAUGUGGCAGAGUACCACAGUGAAAGUGGGGAAGAAGUCAAACCAUGAGCCAAUCUGUCCAUCUUUGCCCCCACAAUCCCAUUUAACCCCAACCAACACAUACCCACCCACCCCACCAUGGACCCCCUGACCCCCCAUUCUUUUUUUUUUCCUUUUUUGUGUCAGUUUGUCUGUCUUCCUUCUUUGGAUGCCACCACAAGAAAUGUGUAUGUAGAUGGAUGCGUUCGUUGAGGAAGAACUCAUUUGCCUUGUUAUAAGGCUGUGCUGCAACAACGGAUCUGAAGCUAAUGAGCAACAAGAGGAAAGCAUGGGACCAAGAAGAAAAUAUCAAUGCACACCGCAAUCGUUCAUAUCUACCACUGACACAAAGCCAGCGCCCACAACCCCGGCCCCCUCCCACCCUACCUGGUCAUUCUCCAUACACCACAUUUUAGUUUGGAAGUUUUAACCGAUUUGUAUCAAGUGCCUUACCAAGCCGUACAACUCAUUUGGAAAGUAAUAACUUCUCAUAGUCCCACAUUGCUCAUUUCAUGCUGUGCACACUCUCGUGUUCACCCCACUGACAAGUUAUUAUUGUCUGGCCACGCAGGUGAAUACACUUCUGUUUUUGGUUGGUUCAUCAGUGUUGAAAUGAUGAGGCCUCCUGGUCAUCUGAUGAAUUGCUUUGCUGCACCCACCACCCUCUACCCCGAGUCUGGCAAAAAAAAAUAAUAAAGAGGACAAAACUUGGAUUUUCCAUGGACAGAGAUGCUGGAUAUUUUUUUCCAAGAUGCAGCUAGACUGUCCAGUUGCUUGUGAAGAAGUGUGUGCUUCAAAAAAUAUAAAGACCCAAAACUUUUCCUCUAUCUUCAGAACCGAACACUACAAACGACUAAGCAGCUUCUCAACACCAUGAGUCAUGAGGAUUUCUGUAGUGGUGGAGAUUAAUUGGAGUGAGCGCCUUUAUUCCUUUUUUUUUUUUUUUUUUUUUGUUUUUGUCUGUCCUACGUUUCACCUACCUAGGGAUGGCCAUGCUUAAAUCUGUGAGAAAUGCAGCAGACAUGGGGUGCACCAUGCAUUUGUGUAAAUACCUUCAUUUUAAGAUUGUUUUAAACAAGUUUAAAAGGCUGGCCGACAAGUUACAAAGCUCUUUUCCUCUUCUCGUUUGUCUCGUUAGCACUGGAGACUUUUCCUUAACUGCCAGUUUAUUUUCUGCAAUAAGCCUAUGAGUUUAUUUAUGAUUUUUUUUAAAAAAAAAUGCAGACUGGACAAGAAUUAAAAAACGUAACAUUUGAGUGAGCGCGUUAACGGAGCUCAACACAUUUUCUUUUUUUUUUUUCUUUUUAGCCCCUUCAUUUGUAACGGCUAAUGCAGUUCUUUAGAUCUGCACUUAAAGGCGCUGAGUGUCACUCUCAUUCUUCUGCUACCAGUGUUAACAAGAGUCGGGUUUGGGCAGAUGGCUUUGUUAAGCUUUUGCAUUUUAGUAUAGGAAUUAUUUUGUCACCAGCCUCGACUUGUGAAACUGACUGGAGAUGCGCUCAACCAAUCUGAAGUGAUUGUGCAUCUUUGCAUUUGGGAUGGGAGGGAAGGGAACGGAGGGAGGGUUUAAUAGUUGUACUACUUGCUGCAGUGCAGCGUAAUUGGCAGAGAAUUUGUUUUCUGGAUGAGGGAGGCAUUAGCUGUUACGUUGAUUUGUGCUCUUGAUGCACAGCUACAUUACCAUGUCAAACAUCGGGAUAGGAUGCCAUGUUUUUAUUUUUUUUGUCCCUGGUUCUUUUUACAUUGGCCCUAAUGCAUCAAUUCAAGCCCAACCCUAUAAUGUAGCAGGUAUUUUGUUCUCUGUGCUUUUUCCAAGUUGUUGGUUUUCCUACCACGGGCGAACUUGAGACACAUCUCUAAAAAACCAACCUGAACGGGUUGAGCUGCACUUAAAAUGCACUGAGAGAUGCAAUCAGGCAAUAACAAAGACUGCACACCUAUUUGCACGCUCUUAAUACCCAAGAUGUGUCUUGGUGCAGACGAUUAAAAUGAGUAUAAUAAUUUGGUAAGGGUAGGGGCAUGAGGGACUCUAAAAUUACUGAUAUCGGCUUGUUUAAAGAAUCGAUCCAUGGGCACCUCGGACUGCCGAGUUUAUUGCUUAUUUCUCAGCCCUUGUUUGCUUUGAGAUUUUUGGGAUUUGUAUACUGGGGUUUUUUUUUCUCUCAUUUUAAUAAAUCAGCCUUCAUUUGUGUCAAAGGUCAGGCUACUACUGUGUUUAGGCUGACCUUUUUUACCAAUGAGGCUCCCCUUCAUUGUGGUAAGAUGCUUUUUUUGACUGUUCUGAUCAAUGAGAAUAUAAAUCAAAAAGUAGAAACACAAAUGACCACAAUUCUCAUUGAUUCAGACUGUGAUCCCUGUUCACUUAAUUCUCUUGUCUCACACAGUGUACUCACAAACUCGAAAUUGGCCUCUUUUUUUCUUCUUCUCUCUGUUGGGGGUGGGGGGUAAGUGUUUCAAAAGUUCAAAGUUGUUAAAGCAUUAGUUAAGUGAACAGGGAUUAAACUUUGCAGACACCUGGCAGCUGUCUGCUGUUUGGCAAGUUGCUAGUUGCAAUUGCUGGAACAAUUUGCUGUCGGCGCACCAAAUGAACGAUCCAUGAACAUGUCACCGAAUUCUAAAGUGCAACAAGUAACAGCAUUUGCAACCAGCAGCUGUCAUCUCAAGCCAUAAAGACUGAGACGAGAGCAUCUUGCCUUCAGAUUAGGUGACUGAUUGGAACUUUUACAACCAAAAUUGUCUCAUUCUUUAUGGUUGUUUUAAAAAUUGUGGGGUGGUUUCCAAUUCGUGCACUUGCUGCCCUGAUGCAUCAGUUGCCCCCCUUUGAUUAUAGUGACACAGUAAUGAGAAACUUCACUGUCAGGUACAAAUUUGCCUUUUUGUCACUAAAUUAUCAAGGGCGGCCUUGAGAUGAUCCUCUUUUAAAGUGUUUCUUCUUAAACUCAUGCAUCAGUCCUACAAGGGGUGGAGUUUACAAAAACAGAAAGAUGUGAUCCAAAGUUCUGACAAUGGGUAUAAAAUAGUUUGAACAAAGUUGCCCUUAAAUUUGGAUUAAUUUUUUUUCUGAUGAAAACUUAAAUAACAGAGGUAUCCAAAUUUAAAUGAAGAAGUUAAAGCCUGAGUUCAUGUUUUUUAUUUGGUUAUAUAAUUGGCAAAUUCAGUGACGCUAAUUUUACAAUGGACUUCAGUUCAAAGGAUGUCAUGAAAAUUAUUGGGCACAUUUUGUUGACAAUAAAGCUCACUGAAAUUUA